AUGGCUUCGCAGCAGGCCGACACUCCCGUUUCAAGCACUAUCGCUUGGACUCACGAGAUGGAUCGCAAUCUGCUGAUCCUCGUCCUUGGUGCUGGCGGUCUGAACCCGCCAGAUCUCGAGAAGCUCGCAGCUGCGAUGAGCAGCAUUCAUCAGAUGACCAUCACUGCCAACGACGUCGGUCGUCGCUUCGAUGAUCUGCAAAUGGAGCAGCGCAUGCUGUUCCAGUGCUUCUUGGAGGGUGGAGGGGAAGCGGAGCAGCGAAGAGGGGAGAAGGUGAGAGCGACCGGGGGCACCCUGGCCUGCAAAAGAACGAGGACGAAAUUGGCCAACGCCAAAGUCCUUCCGUUCUGCUCCCACCACCCGCAGAAACGCCACGGAACCGUGAUGGCCUCCAACGUCGAAGUCAAGAAAAGCGGCAUCGACAACGCCGGCCGUGGCUUGUUCGCGAAGAAGGACUUCGAGCCUGGCGAUGUCGUGCUCUCGCUGGACCGGCCGUAUGUCGCCGAGCUCGACACCGAGCGCUUAUCCGACACCUGUGCCUGGUGUUUCUUGAAGGGAGUCACUGCAGAAGAGCGCGCGAAAGCCGUUGCUCUGGGACUUCCGGCGUCCAACAUCGAGACGAAGGCAUGCACAGGUUGCAAACGCGCCCGAUACUGCUCCAAAACUUGCCAAUCUCGUGCUUGGAAGCGAGAGCACAAAUACGAAUGCAACAUCAUUUCCCCUGCGGAGCGACCUGAUCUGCCUCAUGGCGUGCGGGCGGUCAUUAAGCUCCUCGGUCGACUGAAGGCAGACCCAGAAGGCAAAGAUGAACUUCUACUCGACAUUUUGCAGUUCAAGCCAGCGUCAGACACAAAGGCGCUGGACGAUGUCAAGAACCUAGAUCCCGGGCGAUUCGAGGACUUCAGCAUGCUUGCAUAUGGCGCGUACAAAUACUCUGGUGAGCCCAAGGUCGGUGAUAUGGAUACGAAUGCCAUCUCUAAAGCUUUCUUCUUCAACAUCAUGAGCAAUACUCUGCAGCUCAGCAGUGCCAUGGAUGACACGAAGCUCGGCAUUGGUUUCGAUCCGAUUCUGUGCAGUGCGAACCAUUCUUGUGACUUCCCGAACACAGCAGUCAUAUUCAAUCAGCCCAAAAUUCUGCUGCGCGCCCAAAAGAAAAUCAAGAAAGGCGAGGAGAUCUUCAUGAAAUAUGUCGACAUCACCAAUCCAUUUUCUGUACGGCAGGCCGAGCUCAAGGAGUCUUACUUCUUCUCAUGUCGCUGCGGGAAAUGCAAGAAAGGAGCCGUGCACGUCGAAGAUAAAUUCCUGAAAUCUGCCGAUGCUUGGGGUGAUGACUCUAGUCCGACGGUGCGGGUUGACGAGAAGCUCCUCAAGGUGGCAGAUGGUUUGGUACAACGGCAUCAAAGUCAGUUGCCCAAGUUCUUCGUUCCCGCGAAUAGCGAUAUUGCCCAGAAGAGGCUGGCAGCAAUCCAGGCGGAGGCUUUUUCGACUUCCGGCAUCACAUUCGAUCACAACAAAGCCAACGAACACGCCAGCGAGGAUGAGAUCAAGGAUGCUCUGGAACUCGUCAUUAAUAGCGGGAUGUGGCACAUCACGCGCCAGCCUGUACCGCAUCUCCUCCGGCAACUGCUCGUCCUCUACAUAUCGCAAGCUCGGACAUAUCAGGCAUGGCGAGUUGGCCUCAAGAUGUACUUCGAAGUCACACCAUUCCUCUGCGGCCAACUUGAGAAAUUCUAUCCGGAUCGUGUGAUUGAUGGAUUUGUCAUGGCAACCAUAACGAAUCAACUUUGUAAUCCAACCAUCCAACACCAUCGGGAACUCUUCGCCGAGACUCUGAAGGGUGGACUGGAUCUCCGGGUUGUGUACAUGAUGUUCUUGAUCGAGACGCGAGAGAUGCUGGACUUCUCAUUCGGGAAGGACUCUCCAUUUGGCCGGAUGAUCGAAAAGAUGUACCAGCAAACGAUGGCAAACAGCGACAUCCUGCUCAAGGAUGCGAAGGACAUGAUUGAUGAGAUGUUCCCUAAGCUGGAAGCAGUGGCUAAGAGUAUCGAUGUUCUCAAGCUGUAACACGGUCAUCCACUCCGCUGGAAUUCGUGGGCCAAAUCCGCUGGAAGUAGCACAUUGCGGUCGCCGACGUCCGAACGCAUAUCACCCUCAGGUGAGCGCUUUGUCGAAAGAAGACCAAAAUGGCAAUUCGACAGCCAACGGCUCAUUUAAUGUAAAUGUACAGCUUAUACAUGACAUCACGAGCCGGUGCUUCAUUGCCAUUUCGAUAUGCCAAGCCUUCUUCGCUUAUGUUGGUUUCAGAUACAGCUAAUCUGAUACAGGCACCACAUGCAAGACCACUGGUUUUUUCGCGCCCAUAUGAAGCAGCCAGGCAAACAAGGCCACUCAAGCUUCUCGCUACAGAUCAAUUGCAGAUUGCUCUCGCGUGUUGGCUGCAGAUUCUCCCGUGUUGUCAUGCAUUGUUCCUCCACCGUCACCCUAUCUGUAGCAGCCAAGCGCCCACAAUUUCUAUGCGAGACCACAGCGGCGCCG